CGGGACCGGGGCUGGAGAGACCUGCUGGGGGGGGAAGCGUCAAGCCGCAAGAACCAGUCCAGUCCAGCACGGAGCUUCGCCUUCUUGGCAGACCUUGCCGCGCCGUGCGCUGCUGCUUCUUUCUGGAAGGGGACUGCACCACAUUUCUGUCAACUAAAACUGCUUUUAAUGGCAUGUGGCUUGUAACUUUACUUCUGCUGUAUUCUUUGCAAGAAGCCAACAGUGAGGAUGUCGUCUCUACGCGACUGUACUUUGUGAACGCAUCCCUGCAGCGGGUGACCUUCUCCAGCUCGGUGGGGGUGUCCCUGCCCUGCCCCGCGGGCGGCGCCCCCCAUGCCGUCCUGCGCUGGUACCUGGCUGCCGGAGACGACAUUUACGACGUACCCCACAUCCGCCACGUGCACGCCAACGGCACUCUCCAGCUCUACCCCUUCUCUCCGUCUGCCUACAACAGCAUCAUUCACGACAACGAGUACUUCUGCACCGCCGAAAACCAGGCGGGGAAAAUCCGAAGCCCCAGCAUUCACAUCAAAUCAGUGUUCAGGGAGCCAUAUACAGUCCGUGUGGCUGACCAGCGCUCCAUGCGGGGUAAUGUCGCUGUCUUCAAGUGCCUCAUCCCCUCUGCUGUCCAGGAGUACGUCAGCGUGGUGUCCUGGGAGAAAGACACCGUGUCCAUUGUCCCAGGGAACCGUUUUUUCCUGACCUCAUUCGGCGCUCUGUAUAUCUCAGAAGUGCAGAAGGAAGACGCUCUGUCCACCUAUCGAUGUAUCACAAAGCACAAGUACAGCGGAGAGACUCGGCAAAGCAAUGGAGCCAGGCUUUCUGUUAUGGACCCUACGGAGUCCACCCCGUCUGUGCUGGACAGUUUCCAGUCCGGUGAGGUGAAGAUAGGGCACAACGUGGAGCUGCCCUGCAUCGCAUCAGGCUACCCGAACCCCGCCAUCAGGUGGUUGAAGGAUGGGCGGCCCCUGCCGAUAGAAUCCCGUUGGACGCGCCACAUCACAGGCCUCACCAUUUCCGACUUGAGGUUGGAGGACAGCGGCAACUACAUCUGCGAGGUCACCAACAGCUUCGGCUCCAAAGAGGUGACGGGUCACCUCAACGUCAUAGAGCCCCUGCGGGUCACCUUGUCUCCCAAGAACCUCAAGACAGGGAUCAGCAGCACGGUCAUCCUGUCCUGUGCCGUCCAGGGUUCUCCCCACUAUAUUGUGUCGUGGUACCGUAACACCGAGCCCGUCCUGCCUGACCAACACUUCUCCAUCCAGGGCGCUCACAACGAGACUUUGUUUAUUUCUGCUGCCCAAAAAAGACACUCAGGAGCCUACCAGUGCUUUGCCACGCGUAAGGGCCAGACCGCCCAGGACUUCUCGAUCAUUCUGCUGGAAGACGGCACGCCACGUAUCGUGGCUUCCUUCAGCGAGAAGGUGGUGGUUCCGGGCGAGCCCUUUUCCCUGAUGUGUACCGCCAAAGGAGCCCCACCCCCGACCAUCACCUGGACCCUGGACGACGAGCCGGUGGCCCGCGACCUGUCCCGCGUGCGAGCCAGCCAGUACACGCACUCGGACGGCAGCACAGUGAGCUACGUCAACGUCAGCAACCCCCAGAUCCGCGACGGAGGACUGUAUCGGUGCGCCGCACGAAACUCGGCCGGUGGCGCCGAGUACCAAGCGCGCAUAAACGUAAGAGGAAACCCGAGGAUUCGACCUAUGAAAAACAUCACGGCCGUGGCAGGACGGAGCUCUUUUGUAAAUUGCCGGGUGAUCGGCUACCCGUAUUAUUCCAUCAACUGGUACAAGGAAGGACUUCUGCUGCCUGACAAUCAUCGCCAGGUGGUGUUCGAAAACGGCACCCUGAAGCUGACCGACGUCCAGAAGGGGAUGGACGAGGGGGCGUACAUCUGCAGCGUGCUCAUACAACCUCAGCUCUUCAUCAAGCAGACGGUUUAUGUCACCGUCAAAGUUCCUCCGCUGAUCCAGCCGUUCGACUUCCCGCCGACCUCCAUCGGCAAGCUGAUGUACAUCGCCUGCGUGGUGGCGUCCGGCGACAUGCCCAUACGCAUCACGUGGCGCAAGGACGGCCAGGAGAUCGUGCCGUCGUCGGGCAUCACCAUAGACACCAAGGAGUUCAUGAGCUCCCUGCAAAUCUCCAAGGUGUCGCUCAAGCACAACGGCAACUACACCUGCAUCGCCAGCAACGACGCCGCCACCGUGAGCACCGAGCGGCAGCUCACAGUCACAGUGCCUCCUCGUUUUGUGGUGCAGCCCAACAACCAGGAUGGAAUCUACGGGAGAUCCGGGAUUUUGAACUGCUCAGUUGAUGGGUACCCUCCUCCUAAGGUCAUGUGGAAGCAUGCCAAAAGUGCACUCGCUGGUAUUGGGAGUCCUCAGCAGUACCACCCCGUGCCUCUGACGGGCCGCAUACAGAUCAUGAAUAACGGCUCGCUGCUCAUCCGACACGUCCUGGAGGAGGACCGGGGCUUUUACCUGUGCCAGGCGUCCAACGGGGUGGGCUCCGACAUCAGCAAGAGCAUGGUGCUCACUGUCAAGAUCCCAGCCAUGAUCACAAGCCAUCCCAACACCACCAUGGCCAAGAAGGGUCACGUUAAGGAGCUGAACUGCACCGCCAGGGGAGAAUGGCCCAUCAUCAUUCGCUGGGAGAGAGGCGACACGGUCAUCGACCCUGACCGCAAUCCCCGCUACUCCAUUACCACCAGCCCCAACGAGAAGACGGACGAGGUGUUGUCCACGCUCAAGCUGAAGCCAGCAGAGCGUGAGGAUUCGGUCUUUUUCUCCUGUCACGCCAUCAACUCGUACGGCGAAGGGCGAGGGCUGAUUCAGCUCACGGUGCAAGAGCCUCCGGACCCUCCGGAACUGGAAGUGCGAGAAGUGAAAGAUCGCAGCAUGAACUUACGGUGGACUCAGAGGUUUGAUGGGAACAGCGUCAUCACCUCAUAUGACAUCGAGUAUAAGAACAAGACCGAUUCCUGGGAGCUGAAGCAUGCCACUCGUAACAUCUCCCCCACCAACAACCAGGCCAACAUAGUGGACCUCCACCCCGCCUCCGUCUACAGCAUCCGCAUGUACUCCUACAACUCCAUCGGCAAGAGUGAGGCCAGUAAAGAGCUAACCAUCAGCACUGAGGAAGCUCAACCUGACGGUCCUCCUAUAGACGUCAUCCUGCAGCCGGUGACCUCUCAGAGUAUCCGGGUCACUUGGAAGGCUCCCAGGAAGGAUCUUCAGAAUGGAGUCAUCCGGGGUUACCAGAUCGGCUACAGAGAGAACGGCCCAGGCAGCAAUGGCCAGUACAGCAUUGUGGAGAUGAAGGCGACUGGCGACAGCGAAGUGUACACACUAGACAACCUUAAGAAGUUUGCCCAGUACGGCGUGGUGGUCCAGGCCUUCAACAGAGCCGGGACCGGACCUUCCAGCUCUGAGAUCAACGCCACCACACUAGAAGACGUUCCCAGCCAGCCUCCUCAAAAUGUCCGCGCCAUCUCCGUCACGUCGGACGAGGCCGUCAUUUCCUGGGCUGAACCCCCCAGGUUGACCCUGCACGGCAUUCUGAAGGGUUACCGCGUCGUCUUUUGGCCGAUCUUCCCGGACGGAGAGUGGGGAGAGAUGCAGAACAUCACCACCACCAAGGAGCAGGUGGAGCUAAGAGGCUUGGAGAAGUUCACCAACUACAGCAUCCAGGUUCUGGCCUACACUCAGGCGGGCGAUGGCGUGCGCAGCAAAGUCCUGUAUCUCCAGACCCGAGAAGACUACCCCGGCCCCCCAGCCGGCAUCAAGGCUGUGCCCUCCUCUGCCAGCAGUGUCGUGGUGUCCUGGUUACCCCCUCAUAAACCCAACGGAAUCAUCCGCAAGUACACCAUCUACUGCUCCAGCCCCGGAUCGGGCCAACCGAUGCCCAGCGAAUACGAAGCCAACCCGGAGCUCGUCUUCUACCGCAUCAGCCACCUUAACCACAGGCAACAGUACCUGAUCUGGGCCGCGGCCGUCACCACUGCCGGACGGGGGAAUUUUAGUGAUAAAGUCACCGUGGAGCCUGCUGCCAAGGCCCCAGCUAAAAUUCUGUCCUUCGGGAGGACGGUGACCACUCCGUGGAUGAAAGAGGUCCGACUGCCCUGCAACUCUGUAGGAGAGCCGACGCCGAGUAUUAAGUGGACUAAAGACAGUGAGAACACCGCCAUCCCAGUAUCUCUGGAUGGACAGCGGCUCAUCAUGACUAAUGGCACGCUGGUGCUGCGCUCUGUCAAAGCAGAGGAUUCUGGGUACUACACCUGCACGGCCACCAACACGCUGGGCUUUGAUACCAUCAUCGUCAAUCUUUUAGUGCAAGUUCCCCCAGACCAGCCUCGUCUCACUGUGUCCACCACGUCCACCUCCUCCAUCACGCUAGCCUGGAUACCAGGAGACAAUGGCGGGAGCUCCAUCAGAGGUUUCGUGCUGCAGUACUCCGUGGACAACACAGAGGAGUGGAAAGACGUGUUCAUCAGUUCCACCGAGCGCUCCUUCAAACUGGACAACCUGCGCUGCGGCACCUGGUACAAAGUCAAGCUGGCGGCCAAGAACAGCGUGGGGGCGGGACGCAUCAGCGAGAUCAUCGAAGCAAAGACUCACGGCCGAGAGCCCCAGUUCAACAAGGACCAGCCCGUCUUCACCCACAUCAACUCCAGCCACGCCCGCCUCAAUCUGCAGGGCUGGGCCAGCGGCGGCUGUCCAAUCAGCGCCGUCACCCUGGAGUUUCGCCCGAAAGGAACGUGGGCGUGGCAGAGCGUGCGCACCAACGCCACCGCUGACGUGUUCCUGGCCGAGCUGCGGGAGGCCACCUGGUACGAGCUGAAGAUGAAAGCCUGCAACAGCGCCGGUUGUGGCAACCAGAGCUCCCAGUUUGCCACUCUGGAUUAUGACGGCAGCACCAUUCCGCCAAUCAAGUCUCCCCUGGAAAAAAACGACGACGUGAAGAAGCUGUUUUCUAUCGGCUGCCCUGUGAUCCUGGUCACUCUUGGCGUGGCUCUCCUCUUCAUUAUCCGCAAGAAACGCAAAGAAAAGAGGCUGAAGAGACUCCGAGAUGCCAAAAGCCUGGCGGAGAUGCUGAUCAGCAAGAACAACCGAAGCUUUGAUACCCCGGUGAAGGGGCCGCCUCAAGGCCCGCGCUUACACAUCGACAUCCCGAGAGUGCAGCUGCUGAUCGAAGACAAAGAGGGCAUCAAGCAGAUCGGUGAGGACAAGGCCACCAUACCUGUGACAGACACGGAGUUCAAUCAGACCGGGAACCCCCAAAGCUUCUGCGCAGGUGUGUCCGUUCACCACCCUGCUCUCAUCCAGAACACUGGUCCUUUGAUUGACAUGUCAGACAUCAGACCAGGAACCAACCCCGUUUCCAGGAAGAGCAUCAAAUCCGCCCACAGUAUAAGGAACCGCUACUCCAGUCAGUGGACUCUGACCAAGUGUCAGGCCUCCACGCCGGCCCGCGUUCUCGCCUCGGACUGGCGCACGGUCAGCUCGCAGCAUGGCAUCACCGUCACCGAAAGUGACAGCUACAGCGCCAGCCUCUCGCAGGACACAGAUAAGGGUCGUAACAGCAUGGUGUCGACGGAAAGCGCCUCAUCCACCUACGAGGAGCUGGCCAGGGCGUACGAGCACGCCAAGCUGGAGGAGCACUUGCAACACGCCAAGUUCGAGAUCACCGAGUGCUUCAUCUCCGACAGCUCGUCCGACCAGAUGACCACGGGCACCAAUGACAACGGCGACAGCAUGACGUCCAUGAGUACGCCAUCAGAGCCCGGAAUUUGCAGGUUCACGGCCUCGCCGCCCAAACCCCAGGACUACGACCGAGGCAAGAAUGUUGCCGUGCCCAUCCCGCAUCGCGCCAAGAGCGACUACUGCAACAUCCCCCUCUACAUGAAGUCGGAUCCAUUCUUCCGAAAGCAGUCGGAGCAUCACGACCCGUGUCCGGUGGUCCCGCCCCGCGAGGCUUCCAUCCGUGGCCUGGCCCAGCGGGCCUACCACAGCCAGGGCCGUCACAUGACUAUGGACUCCGCCAAGCAGCAGGCCGUCGCCAUGGGCCACUCCGGCCUGUCCAACCUCACGUCUUCUGGGGCUUCUGCAGGAGGGGCUUCGGGAGGGAGUGCAGGAGGCAUGUCCACCAGCUCCAGCUGCUCCACGCUCCCCCAGAGGACUCUUACAAUGCCGGGCUCCUCAGCCACGGGGGCUCAGAGCGCGGCCGCGGCCGGAGCGUCGUCAUCCUCCAGCGGGGCGGCGGGCGCCACAGGAGUUACCACUGGGGGCGCCUCCUCCAAGGUGGGAGGAUCCAGAGACUCUCUCUUGGAGAGCAGCUCGUCCGGCUUGGGCAGACUACAGAAGCAGAGGGAUGGAGGGGCGGGGGCCUAUUCCAAGUCCUACACACUGGUGUAGCCCGGGCGUCACGGUGGCCUACCUCUGGAAAUUCUAUUAAAAAGAUUAGCCAGCGCUUGUCGGGAGCUUCUAUCGACAAGCGGGCGGAUGGAGACACCAACGCCCAGCUCAUCCAUCGGUGCCUGCACCGUGCCAGGCUGCAGGGGGCUGCUCGGGCUCCCAUCGACACUGCAGUAAGGAGGAGUUUGGGUCUCCACAGCACAUGGUGGUGGCCUUUAUUUCUGCCUGAUCACCCCUUCUCUUACUACUGCGUUUCCCCAUCUCUUUAUCUAUCCGCUACACGCUUUCUUCUUCUGGUCGGGCCAACAUAUGCACAAAACCCUUUCGAGCGUGGUUUGUUUUCCGGUCGCUCCAAUUUCACAGCAGGGCGGCGAUGCGUCCCAGCGGCGUUGUGCCACGGCGGGAUGGUAAAGGUAAAGGUAAAGAUUCGCCAAACAUCACAUUUACACUUGCACAAUUCAACAUGCACAAAAAGAUCUUAAUUUAUUCCUAGGCCUUCUACGGUGUCUGAGCAGUUUGUUCACUUCCCGUAUUUUCAUGUUCAAAUCCGAUGCAUUAAGCAGCAGAGUUCGCUUCGUGGAACGUGGGGAAGUCUCUUUAACAUGCAAGGUAUUGAAGGUCUUUGGUUCCUGAGGGGGUCCUCAAGCCUACGUGCGUGUGUGGGUGUAAAUAUACAAACCCUGUUUCCAUAUGAGUUGGGAAAUUGUGUUAGAUGUAAAUAUAAACGGAAUACAAUGAUUUGCAAAUCCUUUUCAACCCAUAUUCAAUUCAAUGCACUACAAAGACAAGAUAUUUAAAGUUCAAACUCAUAAACUUUAUUUUUUUGCAAAUAAUAAUUAACUUGGAAUUUCAUGGCUGCAACACGUGCCAAAGUAGUUGGGAAAGGGCAUGUUCACCAUUGUGUUACAUCACCUUUUCUUUUAACAACACUCAAUAAACCUUUGGGAACUGAGGAAACUAAUUGUCGAAGCUUUCAAAGUGGAAUUAUUUCCCAUUCUUGUUUUAUGUAGAGUUUCAGUCGUUCAACAGUCCGGGGUCCCCGCUGUCGUAUUUUACGCUUCAAAAUGCGCCUCACAUUUUCCAUGGGAGACAGGUCUGGACUGCAGGCGGGCCAGGAAAGUACCCGCACUCUUUUUUUUUUACGAAGCCACGCUGUUGUAACACGUGCUGAAUGUGGCUUGGCAUUGUCUUGCUGAAAUAAGCAGGGGCAUCUAUGAAAAAGACUGCAGCAUAUGUUGUUCCUAAAGCUGUAUGUACCUUUCAGCAUUAAUGGUACCUUCACAGAUGUGUAAGUUACCCAUGCCAUGGGCACUAAUGCACCCCCAUACCAUCACAGAUGUGUAAGUUACCCAUGCCAUGGGCACUAAUACACCCCCAUACCAUCACAGAUGUGUAAGUUACCCAUGCCAUGGGCACUAAUGCACCCCCAUACCAUCACAGAUGUGUAAGUUACCCAUGCCUUGGGCACUAAUGCACCCCCAUACCAUCACAGAUGUGUAAGUUACCCAUGCCUUGGGCACUAAUACACCCCCAUACCAUCACAGAUGUGUAAGUUACCCAUGCCAUGGGCACUAAUGCACCCCCAUACCAUCACAGAUGUGUAAGUUACCCAUGCCUUGGGCACUAAUACACCCCCAUACCAUCACAGAUGUGUAAGUUACCCAUGCCUUGGGCACUAAUACACCCCCAUACCAUCACAGAUGUGUAAGUUACCCAUGCCUUGGGCACUAAUACACCCCCAUACCAUCACACAUGCUGGCUUUUGAACUUUGCUUCGAUAACAGUCUGGGUGGUUCGCUUCCCCUUCGGUCCGGAUGACAAAAUGUAGAAAAAUUUGCUAAAUCAAUUAGAAAUAUGGACUCGUCAGACCAUAGAACACUUUUCCACUUUGCAUCCGUCCAUCUUAGAUGAUGUCGGGCCCAGAGAAGCCGGCGGCGUUUCUGGAUGUUGUUGAUAAAUGGCUUUCGCGUUGCAUAAUAGAGCUUUAACUUGCACUUACAGAUGUUGCGACGAACUGUAUUUAGUGACUGUGGUUUUCUGAAGUGUUCCUGAGCCCAUGUGGUGAUAUCCUUUAGAGAUUGAUGUCGUUUUUUGAUACAGUGCCAUCUGAGGGAUCGAUCAUUCAAUGUUGGUAUCCAGCCAUGCCGCUUACGUGAAGUGAUUUCUCCAGAUUCUCUGAACAUUUUGAUGAUAUUAUGGAUUGUAAAUGUUGAAAUCCCUAAAUUUCUUGCAAUUGCACUUUGAGAAACGUUGUUCUUAAACUGUUUGACUAUUUGCUCACGCAGUUGUGGACAAAGGGGUGUACCUCGCCCCAUUCUUUCUUGUGAAAGACUGAGCAUUUUUUUGGGAAGCUGUUUUUAUACCCAAUCAUGGCACCCACCUGUUCCCAAUUAGCCUGCACACCUGUGGGAUGUUCCAAAUAAGUGUUUGAUGAGCAUUCCUCAACUUUAUCAGUAUUUAUUGCCACCUUUCCCAACUUCUUUGUCACGUGUUGCUGGCAUCAAAUUCUAAAGUUGACGAUUAUUUGCUAAAAAAAAUGUUUCUCAGUUUGAA